UUUACCACCCUAAAAUGUCAAUCGAUGACAUGACACCCAGUUUAAUUGCCCGUUUUGAUUGAUAGUAAAAACACAACAAAGUAGCCUGAGUCGUAUAUCGCCCAUGGCAAACUGGUCGAGCGAGUUGGGGUGUAUGCUGUCUGCGCGCCUUGGCCAAUGGAACCAGAUCCUCCCUGCAGUGCGUAAGAGCGCAAUUUAGGAUUUAACCAAGUCUUUGCUGAGGGGCUGGCAGAAGUUCGAGAGACCCCGUCGGUGUAAGCACAUAUCACACAAUGCCAGUGUAGUCUUCAGUCAGUCUUCAGACGUCUCAUUGGAGAUAGACUGCCACUUAACGUUGCUGCUUUCGAACUAUGACUGGAGUAUUCGACCGAAGGAUUCCGAGUUUCAAACCUGCCGACUUCCAGAACCCUUUUCAGGUUUCCACCACAAUGCACCACCCGUCUCAGGAAUCCCCUACGCUACCCGAGUCUACGGCCACGGAUUCUGGCUACUAUAGCCCGGCUGGAGCAGUGCACCAUGGCUAUUGUUCGCCUAAUUCCACCUCGUAUGGGAAACCUCUCAAUGCCUAUCAAUACCAGUACCACGGCGUAAACGGAUCUGCGGGAAAUUACCCUGCAAAAACAUACCCAGACUACAGCGCAUACACAGCCUCUGCUUACCACCAAUAUGCUGGAACUUAUAGCAGAGUACAACCACAACCAUUAAGUCCGCAAGAAAAAGAAGUAGCAGAACCUGAAGUGAGGAUGGUAAACGGAAAGCCCAAGAAAGUCAGAAAACCACGGACAAUCUACUCCAGUUUUCAGCUAGCUGCCCUGCAGCGGAGAUUUCAGAACACACAGUACCUCGCGCUGCCAGAGAGAGCAGAGCUCGCGGCUUCGUUGGGACUCACGCAAACGCAGGUCAAAAUCUGGUUCCAGAACAAAAGGUCGAAACUGAAGAAAAUUAUGAAGAAUGGUGAGCUUCCCCCGGAACACAGCCCGAGCUCCAGCGACCCUAUGGCAUGCAACUCUCCGCAGUCCCCCGCCGUCUGGGACACGCAUGGCCCGUCCAGGCCUCACAGCCACCAGGCGCAGAACAUCAACCCCGCGGCCUCCACCUUUUUGGAAAACUCCGCAUCUUGGUACUCCACGGCUGGUGCCAUGAAUUCUCACCUCCAGGCCCCCAACUCGAUACAGCACUCUUUGGUUCUUGGAUCUGGGACGUUAUACUGAAACCCAGUUCAACAAAUAUUUACAUUGUAUGGGACUCGUGUUUAAAAUGUCCAGAGGAAUAUGCAAUGUAUUGAUGACAGUCAUAGAAGAACGUGUAUAAUGUGUAAAUGUGUGCAUGUAAUUUAUUGCAUUUUGGAAGACAAAUUAAACGUUUUAAACCGACAA